CUACAGGUUCGUGGCUCCUGGAAGCAGCUCCUUCUAGCAGCCUCAGCCCCAGAGGCGGCUCUACACCAUGGCCACCUGCUGGCAGGGCCUAUGGGCCUACCGCUUCUAUUUGAUUGUGCUGUGUCUGCCCAUCUUCCUGAUACCUCUGCCAAUCGUUGUCCGAACUAAGGAAGCCUACUGCGCUUAUGCCAUCAUCCUUAUGGCGCUGCUGUGGUGUACCGAGGCCCUGCCCCUGGCUAUCACCGCCCUGUUUCCCGUCGUCCUCUUCCCCCUAAUGGGUAUCAUGGAAGCCUCGGAGGUCUGCAUAGAGUACUUCAAGGACACCAACAUACUGUUUUUUGGGGGGCUGAUGGUAGCCAUUGCUGUGGAACACUGGAACCUACACAAACGCAUCGCCCUCCGAGUGCUCCUUAUCAUCGGAGUGCGGCCUGCCCUGCUGCUUCUGGGCUUCAUGUUGGUCACGGCCUUUCUCUCUAUGUGGAUAAGCAACACGGCCACCACAGCCAUGAUGUUGCCCAUCGGCCAUGCCGUCCUGGAGCAGCUGCAGGGCUCACAGAAGAAUGUGGAGGAAGGCUGUGAUAACACCACCUUUGAGCUCCAGGAAACAAUUUCCCAGAAGGAUGAGGUCAAGCUUGAUAACGGACAGGCUGUAUCUGCCUCUUCAGAGCCGAGAGAACAGAAGGCUCAAGAGAAUCAACGCUUUCGCCAGGGCCUGAGCCUCUGCAUCUGUUAUUCAGCCAGCAUCGGGGGCAUUGCCACCCUGACAGGCACCACACCCAACCUGGUGCUCCAAGGCCAGGUCAACUCGCUCUUCCCCGGAAAUGACAACGUGGUGAACUUUGCUUCCUGGUUUGGUUUUGCCUUCCCCACCAUGAUCAUCUUGCUGCUGCUGGCUUGGCUGUGGCUGCAGGUCCUCUUCCUGGGUUUCAACUUCCGGAAGAACUUUGGCUUUGGGGAAGAAGAAGAGGACCGAAAGCAGGCGGCCUUCCAGGUCAUCAAGACCCAGCACAGGCUGCUGGGCUCCAUGAGCUUUGCCGAGAAGACGGUCACUGCCCUUUUUGUUCUUCUGGUGGUGCUCUGGUUCACCAGAGAGCCAGGCUUCUUCCCAGGUUGGGGUGACACGGCUUUCGCCAACGAAAACGGGCAAAGCAUGGUGUCGGAUGGGACAGUGGCCAUCUUCAUCAGCCUCAUUAUGUUUCUUAUACCCUCCAAGAUCCCAGGACUGACCCAGGACCCAAAAAAACCAGGCAAGCUGAAGGCUCCUCCUGCCAUCCUCACCUGGAAGACAGUGACCGAUAAGAUGCCCUGGAAUAUCGUGAUCUUGCUGGGUGGGGGCUUUGCCCUGGCCAAAGGCAGUGAGAAAUCAGGUUUGUCUGAGUGGCUGGGAGACAAACUGACGCCCCUGCAGCACGUGCCGCCGGCAGCCACCGUAGUCAUCCUUUGCCUGUUGAUCGCCAUCUUCACCGAGUGCACCAGCAACGUGGCCACCACGACGCUGUUCCUGCCCAUCCUGGCCUCCAUGGCACAGGCCAUCUGCCUGCAUCCCCUGUAUGUCAUGCUACCAUGCACCUUGGCUGCCUCCCUGGCUUUCAUGCUCCCUGUGGCCACCCCGCCCAACGCCAUUGUCUUCUCCUUCGGAGGCCUCAAAGUGUCCGACAUGGCCCGUGCCGGAUUCCUGCUCAAUAUCUUGGGGGUGCUGGUUAUCACAUUAUCCAUCAACAGUUGGAGUAUCUCCAUCUUCGACCUGAACACGUUUCCCUCCUGGGCCCACUCCAACGCAAGCCAGUGCCUUCUCAACACACCCAAUUCAACCAAACCAGGCCUCUAAACUAGGGUACAACCUAGCUCUGCCACUCCUCAGAGCCAGGAGAGGGCGCCCCAAAUGAUACCAAGCCGGGUCGAGGUGCAGUGGACCAGCGCGUGCGCAAUCGUGUA